GCAUUUGUCAUUCUGUGUGGGCCUUAGAGUCGUGCCGGUUGUCGCCACGGUUCUUCUAAUUAUUUCUAAACCGUGGUAUUAGGACUGAAAUCAUUACCGACAGGUUUUUUGCAUUUUUGGUUGUUGGGUUGAAUCUUGAAACACCUGAUUAAUAGCUCUGUGAAAGCUAUGCGCGAAGAGCCACAACAUUGACAACGUCUGAAGACAGUGGAUUUCAUAGUUAAUUGAGACUUCGUCAAUGAAUUACUUAAACUUAGGCUUCAAUUUUGUGCUGUUGUGUGCAUGUGGACUUGGUAAUCUGAUCUCUGAGCUCCGGCUACACCCAGAGCAUGUUCCAUUCUAUGUCAGUACACACCCAGAGUUUGCUGAGAGCUGUAGGCAAAACUCAAGCUGUGAGCUUCGGCCCUAUCUGGAUCAAGAGCUGUGUUGGGGCUAUGAAGAUUACUGUCCAUUAUACAAGUCAUAUCUGAUCCCAGACUGUGAUGGCAAAAGUAAAGGCUGGACAUCAUCCAGGAGAGAGCAGCUGGAAAUGUACUAUGAGCAAGCAGACUUUGGAUACAUUAAGAAGCGUCACAAGUCAUUGUUUUCUCUCUGCACUCCACUACAUAAAACACAGGACGCAUCCUCACUAAACUGCACUGCCAAGAUGGAGUUUUGUCGGGGCCGCAACAUCCGGCUGGACUUCCGGGACCUCACCGAGCGGCGUCACGAGCUGCUGCGCUACAAGAUGGAUGUGCUCAAGCCGGGCCAGAUCUCUGGACACUGCGGGGUGAACCGGACGCGGCUGGCGGAGGAGCUGGAGUUCAUGAGCGCGCUGCAGUCGUGGUCGCCUGAGAUCCAGCACCUGGUGGACGGCCCGCCGCUCGGGCCCGAGGAGUGCGACAUGGUCGUCACUACGCCCACCUACAUCAUGAAGAUCGACGCAUCGGUCAGCAUGUACCACCACUUCUGCGACUUCUUCAACCUGUACGCCAGCCAGCACCUGAACGAGUCCGGGCACGGCGACCACCCCGGCUCCUUCAGCACCGAUAAGCAGCUGCUGGUGUGGGAAAACGUCCCAUACCGAUCCACCUUCCAGGAGAUGUUCGAGGUGUUCUCAGACCGGCCAGUGUGGAGCCUGAACGAUGUAAUGGGCCGACGAGUGUGCUUCAAGGACGUCGUCUUCCCCCUGCCGCCGCGCAUGAUCUUCGGCCUAUUCUACAACACGCCGCUAGUGCCCGGCUGUCAGCGCAGCGGACUGUUCCACGCCUUCUCGCGCCACGUGCUGCACCGUCUGGGCGUGGCGCCGCGCACGGUCGUGACCGACGACACAGUGCGCGUGGUCUGGAUUUCCCGCCAGUCCAGGCACCGGCGCGUGCUGAACGAGGAGCAGCUGCUGACGGCGCUGCGCGGACAGCACGGCGUGCAGCUGAUUAAGGCGGCGUUCACGCACGCCACGCCGUUCCUGGAGCAGGUACGGCUGGUGGCGGGCUCCGACGUGCUGGUCGGCAUGCACGGGGCCGGACUGACCCACAUGCUCAUGCUACCCGACUGGGGCGCCGUGUUUGAGCUCUACAAUUGCGAGGACCCGGACUGCUAUCGCGACCUGGCCCGGCUGCGCGGCCUCCACUACCGCACUUGGGAGCACCGCGACAAGCUGACGCCGCAGAACGAGGGCGAGCAUCCGGAGCUGGGCGCGCACGAGAAGUUUACCAACUACACGCUAGAUGUCAGUGAGGUGGUGCGCCAGGUGCUGGCCGCCGCCGACCACGUGCGACAGCACCCGCACUUUCGGCGUGCGCGCCAGGCGCACGAAGCCGAGCCGCAGCGACAGCGCAGGGUCGAGCUCUGAGUGGUCCGAUUCGCUGCGACGGCACGGGCCGCCGGCGACAUCAGAGGGGGCGCCGCCAGGGGAAGCUGUGACGUCACAGGAGACACCAGGGCAGUUGACGUCACCGGAGACAUCAGGGCAGCUGAUAUCACCGGAGACACCAGGGCAGCUGAUAUCACCGGAGACACCAGGGCAGCUGAUAUCACCGGAGACAUCAGGGCAGCUGAUAUCACCGGAGACAUCAGAGCAGCUGAUAUCACCGGAGACACCAGGGCAGCUGAUACGACAGGAGACAUCAGGGCAGCUGAUGUCACCGGAGACACCAGGACAGCUGACGUCAUCGGAGACAUCAGGGCAGCUGACGUCACCGGAGACAUCAGGGCGGCUGACAUCACUGGAGACAUCAGGGCGACUGACAUCACCGGAGACAUCAAGGCAGCUGACAUCACCGGAGACAUCAGGGCAGCUGGCGUCACGCUUUGGGCUAGCUGAAGCUCGCCAGUGUUGAUCUGGAGAUUGUUGGGACGGGAAAUGGAGCGGGGGGGGGGGG